AAUGUAAACACUGCGUAGAGAAGACCGGUGGUCGGUUCUGUAGAACGACGAAAAGCUCCGAAUAACGUAGCAUUUCAUGGCGAUGGCGCGUUCGGCGAUCACUUGUGGGCUUCGUGCAGGUCAUUUUGCAAUGCCACACUCGGCCAUAGCCUGCGGACAAUUCGUGCGCGGUAGCAGAUACAGCCCGAGAUACAUCGAUCCACUAACUGCUGAUCGAACCGAAAUCGAAGAGUAUCGAAAGACUACCGAAGGCCAAGAAGCAGCGUUCCGUCCGGUGAAAGCCGUUCGGUCCGAGGUCUCUAACUCAGUAUUUUAUGACCCAGUUCUGGAGAAGUUCACGAAUUUUCUUAUGCGGAAAGGCGACAAACGACUGGCAACGGACUUGGUUCGCAAGGCACUGUUUACUAUUAAGUUCAUAAGACCUCCACAGUUUGAGCACCCAUUGGCUGUCCUCGCGACAGCCAUCGAAAAUGCAAAACCUGCCCUUGAAAUGACCCGAAUCAAGCGUGGUGGAAUAACAUAUCAGGUGCCCGUACCUGUGAAAGAUAGUCGUGCGCGAUUACUGGCAAUUCGUUGGAUUAUCGAAACAGCAGCGGAUAAGGAGAGACACGUCCGCUUUUCGGAUCAGCUUGCCAAGGAAUUGGUCGACGCCUCACAGAAUGUCGGCCGAGUUAUUCACAAAAAGCAAGAGAUGCACAAACUUGCCGAAGCAAACAAGGCCUUCGCCCAUUACAGGUGGUCGUAAAAAGUUAAUUAUAUUUAAGGGACGCACGCUAUCCGUCGAUGAAUUACCGUUGGCUUAUGUAAAAUAGAUGUUGCAUGGUGGCCUUUGCUUAUAGAUAUAUGCUGUAGUAUUUUGAAAAUAAUGCAAAUAAACGUAUAUUAGUUAUUAUAUGUACUCUGUGUAGUAAUAACUUUUGAUUAAAAUGCCAUCUAUUCAAUGUGUACUCAGUUUAUUAGCUUUAGUUAUAUAUAUAUAUAUAUAUAUAUAUAUCGCUUUCUUUGUGCUUUGACACAGAAAUCAAGUAUUGGCAUUCAUCCCGUUUAAAUGUGCCUUAAGAUUUAUUUACCAAAUGAACGAAAAUUAUUAUUGGCUUUUCUGCCUUUGCAUUUCCACAAGUGAUAAACACCAUGUUUUUAAUUGUCAAAACGCACUGCACCGUAUCCGGCAGCAAGAAAUCCAGGCUCACACGCUAGAGAAUUAAGUGGAAACGCCUACUAUGGGAUUUUAACCUCACUGCUACAUAUGAUAAUCUUGUCAACUUCUAGUAGUAGCAACAAUAGU